UCAGAAAAUGAGCGACAGCAAAAAAUGGCGAAUGCGCUAAAGAGUGGUGGUGGAGCUGUUCUGCUCUCAUCACUCUCCUCCUUCUUCUCAGCUACAUCUUCAACUCACCGCUCCCUCAUUUCCAGCGCCACGCGCUUCCGUCGCAACCAGUUCCCUCUUUUCUCCAUUUCUUCAUCAUCAUCAGUAACAAGAAGAUGGAGCAGAACCCCAUCUGGGUUCCCUUCAUUUUGCACACUUUCUUCUUCUUCUUCUUCUGAAACAGUGGCGGAACCCACAACGGCAUCCAAUGAUGGUAAUGGUGAAGGCACUGAGAAGAACGAUAAUAAUAGUGCUAAAGAUGCGGCGGGGUUACUUGAUAUAAGGGUUGGUCAAAUUGUGAAAGCGUGGAAGCAUGAAGAAGCUGAUUCUCUUUAUGUGGAAGAGGUUGAUAUUGGUGAGCCUGAACCCAGAAUCAUAUGUAGUGGUCUUGUCAACUAUGUCCCUCUUGAACAACUUCAGGGCAAAAAGGUUAUUGUUCUUUCAAAUCUGAAACCAAGGAAUAUGCGUGGUGUCAAGUCUUGUGGAAUGCUCAUGGCUGCUUCUGAUGCAAAGCAUGAGAAUGUUGAACUUCUGUUCCCUCCGGAGGAUGCAAUCCUUGGUGAAAGAAUAUGGUUCGGAUCAGAGGAUGAAAAGGAUAAUCAACCUGCUGCUGGCACUCCCAAUCAGAUUCAAAAGAAGAAGAUAUGGGAAACAGUGCAGCCUCAUCUAAAGACAGAUGAUUCUUGUGUUGCAAUGCUGGGGGUGGAUAUCAUGCGUACAUCUGCAGGUUCAGUGGCAUGCCAAUCAUUGAAGAAUGCAAAUAUCUCCUAAUAAGUAGAAUGGAUUCACAACUUUGGUGGUCAAAUUACGAGUACUAGCAUGGAGGAGUAGCAUUCUGCGAUGUCUUGUGCACUGUGCAGUUAGCCAUGACUCCCUGUAUUUUGAUGCUAUUAUUACUGUUGCCAGAACCAAUUGCGUUUAGGUGGUGGAUACAUUUGUGCCAUGGCCGAAGAAAUGGGAUGUUUGUUUGUGCAUACUAUUCUGAAUUCGUUGAUCAGCCCUACCAAUGGCACCAAAGGAUUGAACUGUCCUUGGACCAACAACCACCAAGUCAUGAUUCUGGUUAGCCAUGCUUCUUCCAUCAUCUACAUGGGGUUUCUCUGC